GUGAUUGGAGCUAGCUAGCUAGCUGGUAAUUCCAUGGGGAGGCCACCAUGCUGUGAUAAAGUUGGCAUCAAGAAAGGCCCAUGGACCCCUGAAGAAGAUAUCAUUUUGGUUACUUACAUCCAAGAUCAUGGUCCUGGAAACUGGAGAUCAGUGCCUACAAACACCGGCUUGUUAAGAUGCAGCAAGAGUUGCAGACUAAGAUGGACUAAUUAUCUAAGGCCUGGUAUCAAAAGGGGCAACUUCACUCCACAUGAAGAAGGGAUGAUUAUUCAUUUGCAAGCAUUAUUAGGUAACAAAUGGGCAGCCAUAGCUUCAUAUCUCCCACAAAGAACAGAUAACGAUAUCAAGAAUUACUGGAACACUCAUUUAAAGAAAAAAAUCAAGAAGUUACAAUCAGCCUUCAAUUCACCAAUGCCACCAUCCGAAUCCACUUUAGCGGCCAUAUCCAAGAUGCACCAGGCCACUGGCAAAAGCCACCAAAACAUGACAAACAAUAAUAAGACUACUACCCCUCCUCAUUGUUCCAAUAUCUAUGCAUCGAGUACGCAAAACAUUUCAAGAUUAUUAGAAGGAUGGAUGAGAUCAUCAUCUACUUCUUCAUCAACAAUUAAUUCACAUAAGAAACUUGCUGAUCAAGAAACCGGACGGAAAGAGGGCCUCAUCAAUAGUCCUGAUGUAGAAAGUGUCGAUUUUGAAUUCGGAUCUGUUCUUUCAUUUGAUAAUGGAUGUUGGGACAAGAUGAUGAUUAGUGGUACUAAUUAUGGGUCUGAUGAUCAUGAGAAGGCUGCAUGUAUUUUGCAUGAAAGAAAACUUCAGAAACAAGAAAGCUUGAGCUAUACUAAUAAUAAUAAUAAUAAUCCUGCUUUGACAUUCUUUGAAAAAUGGCUACUAGAUGAAUCUGCAAGUCAAGUAGAAGCUGGAGCCAUGGCCAUAUAGUAGCAAGCAAGUAAACUACGUACCGCUUUCUUAAUAUUUCUUUUUUCUAUUUUAUUGAAUUCUUGUUUCCAACUGUAAUCUAAUCAAAUGGUAGAAAAAACAUUCUACCUUAAUAAAUUCAUUCCUACCUAGCUCUACAAUAUUUGAAACACAUAUAUAUAUGUAUAUGUAUGCAUGUGUUAUGUAUAAUGUAUGUACGUAUUAACUAUA